AUGAGCUUGAAAUUCGAAAAUAUUCAGCGCGAGAAGGUACAAGCAUGGGCCGAAAAGCUAAUACCACAGGUUCAUGUUGAUAAUUUGCGUGAAAAAUAUCAAGCAUUCGGCAGAGACUAUCCACUGACUAAACUCUUCUUGCUUAUCUUUGCGGUCUUUGCAACUGUUCCCACACUCUGCUUCCUUUUUUUCGCUGCACUUGUCACCGUAUUCAUAUUCUGUGGAGCGUUUUGUAUUGGAUUGACCAUAUGGUUGUCGGUUAUUGGUAUGGCAGGUUUCGCGCUUUUUGCUGCGUUAGUUGUUGCAAUCAUUGCAACAUGCGUGGUGUUCUUUUGGAUGUCAUUGGUCGUAGUAGUAACCAAACUGUAUAAAGCGUAUGCAAUAUACGCUUGCACCACAUGCCAUACCCACCUGGCAAAACACGAAGAUUUGAUGUCAAAAGCAUUCCAAGGCAGACAUGGUCGUGCUUUCUUGUUUGGCUCAGUAGAGAACAUAUCUUUAGGACCAAAAGAAGACCGCCUAUUGAUAACCGGGCUACAUUCGGUCAAAGAUAUUCGAUGUAACGUUUGCGCGCAGGUGGUCGGAUGGAAAUACGUUUUUGCAUUUGAGGAAGCACAAAAGUACAAGGAGGGUAAAUAUAUUGUGGAGAGAGCAAUGAUUACAAAGGAAAACCAAUGGGACGAGGCAUAG